AUGGCAGCUGGCGGUCUGGUGCGCUCACAGAGUCGCAUCGCACUCGAGGUGAAGAAUCUGCUCAGCCAGCAGCAGGCUAGCGAGCCAGGGUCCAAGCAUGCGCAAGCCACCGCGACGCAAGCGCGUACCGAAGGUGGCGAGUCGCUGCGCAACCUCCGCGUUCCUGCAAGCAUUAUUGAUCAUUUCGUCGCGAUCGCAUACGAGAACACGCUCGCCAAUCGCGAGACCUGCGGCUUGCUGAUGGGGCCCGCACGCAACCUGACCGAUCCCAACGCGACCUCUCUCGUCGUCACACACCUCACUAUCCCCAAGCAGAGCGCAACACCAGAUACCUGCACGACCGAGCACGAGGAGGAGAUCAUGCAGUUUCAGGACGAGGCGCAGGUCGUCACGCUCGGCUGGAUCCACACACAUCCGAGCCAGACAUGCUUCAUGAGCUCGUUGGAUCUGCAUACGCAUGCCAGCUACCAGAUGAUGCUGCCCGAGGCGAUAGCAAUUGUUUGUGCACCCAACGACAAUCCUUCUUUCGGUUUGUUCCGCCUGACAAGUCCACCUGGCCUUCAGACCGUCAUAAGCUGCCGCCAACCCGGACUGUUCCAUCCACACAUCAAGCCUGAUGGGACUAACAUCCCGGCAUUAUACACCGACGCAUGGGGCCAUGUUACCUUAGAGCAAGCGGAUCAGCUGGAAAUUGUGGAUUUACGGACGCGGUGA